AUGGCAAAACCUAUACCCAAAAUUGGUUCGCGUAAAAAUGGACGUAUUGGUUCACGUAAACAUGCUCGUAAAAUACCAAAGGGCGUUAUUCAUGUUCAAGCUAGUUUCAACAAUACCAUUGUCACUGUUACCGAUGUACGGGGUCGGGUAAUUUCAUGGUCCUCCGCAGACUGGACCAUGCUAGAUAUCUUCUAUGAUGGCCUUUCUGAGAUGUCCAAGAUGGCAUUCGACCACUCUACUGGUGGUUCACUCCACUUAAAGAAAAUGCUUGAAGAGGCACAUGAACUCAUUGACAUGUUUGACCCUAACAUAAGAGAGCCAUAUGAAUCUGCGAAUAGUCUGAUACCCUUAAGUGAUAGUAGUGAAGUAGACUUAGUUCGACUGGGUGUGCGACCUACUAUUGUUGAUGUUACACCGAACAAGAUAAAACCUAAAGACAAAGAAACAGAGUCUGACGAGUUUGACAGUGAUGCUGAAAUUCAGUGA